GUGUUGGACUAGUCACCGAAAGGUUCCAAGUUCAAAUCCCAAGCUGACAAGGUACAAAUCUGUUGUUCUGCCCCUGAACAGGCAGUUAACCCACUGUUCCUAGGCAUCAUUGAAAGUAAGAAUUUGUUCUUAACUGACUUCAUUAGUUAAAUAAUGGGGGAAAAAAGGAUAAUCCUAUUUAGUUUUGGGGGGUAUUUUACCAUUUUCUCCACAAUGUCAAUCUUGUCUCAUCGCUGCAACUUCCAGAAAGGGUCAGGAGAAGGUCGAGUCUUGCGUUCUCCGAAGCAUGACCCACCAAACCGCGUUUCUUAACACCUGCCUGCUUAACCCAGAAACCAGCUGCACCACUGUGUCGGAGGAAAAACAUUCAACGGACAAAGGAAGUCAGCCAAAUGAUUUGUGUGGCGAUUGGAUAAGCUGGCAUUGUGCUGUCACGCCACUUCCUUGAUAGCUGUCGUCCUGGACCUACAAAUGCCUUGACCUUUAUCGAUCAAUUGUAUUGGUGGAGCUUUGCAUAGUACAUUCUGUUGUUGUAAUGUAGGCUUAAUCCCAAGUCCUCAGUGACAGGGAUGGUCAUUGGCUAGAGCAGACAAUGUGUCUGAAUGCCUUUGAGCUGAGUGGUUUUGACUGAUAUUGUUUCUGGUUGGCUUAGAGUUGACUGAUUCUGACUGAUGUCCCUUGGACUGAUUGACUGGCAUCAUGUCAGGAGGGAGUGUUGCUUUGUUUAACCCCACAAGGUGAGGUGCAGUUUGGUUACUCACUCCAUGAAGCGUCCAUUGGGAUGGGAUGAAGCCCUUCUGUACUCCUGGCUGACAUUGUUCCAUGUUUUCCAAAUGAACUAUUUCAAUUAUAAACUUGAAUUCAGCUUUACAGUAUAUUUACUGUAGGCCUACAUGAAAGUAACAUAAUAAUGUGAAAAUGAAUGCCCUGCCUGACCUUCAAAAUGUAUUUUCUAAAUAUAAAAAAGGUAUAGGCCUAGGUAAGCAUAGCUAAUCUCGUUUAAAAUGGAGGCAAAUAUAUUAAUUUGCAAUUUACGCUAUGCAUCACAUUAUGUUACAUUUCCUCCCACACAGAUCAUUUGCAAUCCAAAUCUACCUGAAAUAUAGGUAACAACAUUGGUCAUCAAUAACCUGCAGAAAUAUUGAUGUCCGGCUGGAAGAGGCACACACAUACACGAACACGCACACACAUAGACUUUGCUGGCUGCCAUGCACACUGCCGUUGUGUUGUCAGCUAACACCCUCUAGCGCCGGGCGCCCUGCACAGAUGCGCUCUGUCUCGCCGUUCUGUAGCUGUACUCUGUCGUAAACGGGAGUUGUACAGUUCUCUGCUGCAGCAGUCAGUCCAGGCUUGCAUCGAACCGGCGACAGCGGCACUACGCUCGCUCAGAACAACCAAACAACUGAUACCGCGCCACUUGGAGUUUGGAACUGUAUGUCACGAAUCGCAUCCUGGCGUCUUCCAUUUCCCGCGUGAAGGAAUCACGAAUACACUUAGCUGAAACCAGGGGGAAAUAAAAUAGUGCACACGAGGAGGAACGUUUGAUUAGAUUUGUUGUCAAAACAGUGAAAUACAGGAAAGUCCGAUACGGAGCGCAACGAAUUGUGUCUUUGAGCAUCGCUCUAGAAAUGCGUUCGCUGCAGGUAAAUGUCGUCUUGAUGUUUGUUUUUGCCGCGGUGUGAACUUCACCAACCUUCCUAAGCUCUCCGCCGGAUCAUGCGAUGGAUCUCCUCCAGUAGCCUACAUCUGUCUGUCAGCUCUCUCCAGCGGGGACUGGAUGUGAGGAGGGUCCGGGGAGAGGAGAGACACCCACGGCUCCACUUGGGAUCUAAAGGCGCUGUGUGACCAGGUUUCUUCUUCUGGAUAGUCUCCUGCUCGGCGCGGUGCUGGGCAGCCUGUGGAUGGUACAGAAAUGACUUUAGGAGAAAAACUCUGCCUCGUUUUCCUAUUUUUUCGGAUUUUCUUCACUCCUACCAGCCACAGCAAUCAAGUGGUACUGCUGGACACCACCUCUGUUUUGGGAGAGCUGGGAUGGAAUACCUAUCCCAUGAAUGGGUGGGAUGCUAUAACAGAGAUGGAUGAACACAACCGUCCCAUCCAUACCUUCCAGGUGUGUCACGUGAUGGAACCCAACCAGAACAACUGGCUACGCUCCAAUUGGAUCUUCCGCCAGGCAGCACAGAAGGUGUACGUGGAGCUGCGGUUCACUCUGAGAGACUGUAACUCCAUCCCCUGGGUAUCUGGGACCUGCAAGGAGACCUUCAACCUUUUCUACUAUGAGACAGACGAGUCCCACGGGGUCAAGUUCAAACCCGCCCAGUACACCAAGAUUGACACCAUUGCAGCCGACGAGAGCUUCACCCAGAUGGACCUGGGAGACCGCAUUCUGAAGCUCAACACUGAGGUUCGGGAAGUGGGUCCUAUCUCCAGGAAGGGUUUCUACCUGGCGUUCCAGGACAUUGGGGCGUGCAUCGCCCUGGUCUCAGUCAGGGUGUACUAUAAGAAGUGUCCCUUCACCCUGAGGAACCUGGCCUCCUUCCCUGACACCGUGCCCCGGGUCGACUCCUCCUCCCUGGUGGAAGUCAGGGGAGUGUGUGUGGAGCAUGCCGAGGAGAGGGACACUCCCAAACUGUACUGCGGCGCCGACGGUGACUGGCUGGUGCCUUUGGGGAAGUGUGUCUGUAGCCUGGGCUAUGAAGAGAUGGACGGGACAUGUCUCGCGUGUCGACCAGGCUUCUACAAGGCGUUUGCGGGGAACAUCAAGUGUUCUAAGUGUCCCCCUCACAGUUUCAGCUAUGGAGAGGGGGCUGCUGUCUGCCACUGUGAGAAGGCUUUCUACAGAGCUGAGAGAGACCCACCCACUAUGGCCUGCACACGUCCCCCCUCCCCUCCCCGUAACGUGGUCUUCAACCUUAAUGACACCUGUCUACUGUUAGAGUGGUCUCCACCCAGUGACAUGGGUGGUCGCAGGGACUUGACCUAUAACGUGCUGUGUAAACGCUGUGGCCCAGAGCCCGACCAAUGCCAGCUGUGUGGGGAGGAGCUUCGCUUCGUGCCCCGCCCCCAGGGCCUGACCAACGCCAUGGUAACAGUGAUGGACUUCUCGGCUCACGCCAACUACACCUUCGAGAUCGAGUCGCUGAACGGAGUGUCUGAGAUGAGCCACUUCCCGAGACCUGUGGCCGCCAUCACUGUCUCCACCGACCAGGGCGGUCCCUUUAUGGUGGGCGUGCUGAAGAAGGACUGGGCAUCUCAGAACAGCAUUGCCCUGUCGUGGCUGGAGCCAGAACAGACCUCCCUCCUGGUGGUCGACUAUGAGGUCAAGUACUACGAAAAGGAACAUGAGGAGUUGAGCUACUCAUCGACGCGGACCAAAGCCCCCAGUGUGGUCAUCACAGGGUUAAAGCCCUCCACCUGCUACGUCUUCAGCCUGAGAACACGCACCUCCUCUGGACACAGCGCCUACAGCCCCAAAUGCGAGUAUGAGACCACGGAUGACACAUCGGACAUGGCUUCAGACCAGGGACAAGUGUUGGUGAUCGUCACGGCAGCCGUGGGUGGCUUCACUCUCCUCAUCAUCCUCACCCUCUUCUUCCUCAUCACCGGACGGUGUCAGUGGUACAUCAAAUCCAAGAUGAGCUCAGAGGAGAAGAGGAGGACCAACUAUCAGAGUGGACAUGCUCUCCCGUUCCCGGGAGUAAAGGCCUAUGUAGAUCCAGACACCUAUGAGGAUCCUACCCAGGCUGUCCAUGAGUUUGCCAAAGAGAUUGACCCUACCCGGAUCCGUAUAGAAAGAGUUAUUGGAGCAGGUGAGUUCGGGGAGGUGUGUAGCGGUCGUCUGCGGAUACCGGGGAAGAGGGAGAUUGCCGUGGCGAUAAAGACACUGAAGGGCGGCUACGUGGAGCGCCAGAGGCGGGACUUCCUCCGAGAGGCCAGCAUCAUGGGACAGUUUGACCACCCAAACAUCAUCAGGCUGGAGGGCGUGGUCACCAAAAGCAGACCUGUGAUGAUUGUGGUGGAGUACAUGGAGAAUGGAUCUCUGGACUCUUUCCUGAGGACGCAUGAUGGCCAGUUUACAGUGAUCCAGUUGGUGGGCAUGCUGCGUGGCAUUGCGUCAGGCAUGAAGUACCUGUCUGACAUGGGCUACGUCCACAGAGACCUGGCCGCCCGCAACAUUCUGGUCAACAGCAACCUGGUGUGUAAGGUGUCUGACUUCGGCCUGUCCAGAGUCCUGGAGGACGACCCAGAGGCUGCUUACACCACCACGGGAGGUAAGAUUCCUAUCAGGUGGACAGCUCCAGAGGCCAUCUCCUACAGGAAAUUCUCAUCAGCCAGCGACGCCUGGAGCUACGGAAUCGUCAUGUGGGAAGUGAUGUCAUACGGGGAGCGGCCUUACUGGGAGAUGUCCAAUCAGGACGUGAUCCUGUCCAUAGAGGAGGGCUACCGUCUCCCUGCUCCUAUGGGCUGCCCCGUGGUUCUACACCAGCUGAUGCUACACUGCUGGCAGAAGGAGAGGAGCCAGAGGCCCAAGUUCACUGAUGUGGUCUCCUUCCUGGAUAAGCUGAUCAGGAACCCCAGCAGCCUGCUGGCCCUGGUGGAAGAUAUACAGGGUCUAGCAGAGUCCCCAGGAGAGGUGGUGGACUACCCCAUGUUCAUCUCCAUCGGGGAUUGGCUGGAUUCCAUCAAGAUGAGCCAAUACAAGAGCAGCUUUGUGGCAGCAGGAUUCAGCACACUGGACUCUGUGGCCCAGAUGAGCAUUGAAGACGUGCGGAGGACCGGGGUGGUGUUGAUUGGCCACCAGAGGAGGAUCGUCAGCAGCAUACAGACCCUCCGACUGCAGCUACUACACCAACAGGAGAAGGGCUUCCAUGUAUGAGACCUUAGAACAGACAGACGGACAGACAGCCACAGCCUGUGCCUCAGUCUUCACCCCUCAGACAGACAGACAGACAGACAGACAGACAGACAGACAGACAGACAGACAGACAGACAGACAGACAGACAGACAGACAGACAGACAGACAGACAGACAGACCGUCUCAGCCUGGAGGCCUCUCUCAGACAGACUACCACACAUUUGGACCUCAAUGCAGAACCUCCAUAAAGCCAGACUGUUUUGUACACCUGAACCUGCUCCAGCCAGAGACAGAACAGCAGAGACAGGACUCUGAGAGACACACUGCCCCUGGCUCCCCCUGGGGAAUGUAUGCCUUGUUGCAGCAUCACUACUUAUUAUACAGUAGAACUUGGGAAUGUACAUUUUCUCUCCAUGUUUUUGUGACCAUGAUGUAGCUGCUAACAGAUGAGCAAUCAAAAGGAUUGUCCUUAAAUAAUAUGAUGUGAAUUAUUUUGGAGUUUGAUAAGUAAGCGUCAUCAUAAGGUAUUCUUGUUACAUGAUUUAACCUCUCCAGAGUAUCUGGGUAUGCUAAUACUUGAAGAAAACGAAGAGACAGUUUUUGAAGUGCAGAGGAUUUCUGAAUGUUUUAAGUGUAUAGACAAUUUAUCGAUUAUAAUCCUAAACUAAUAUUUAUAUAUGUGCAGUCCUGUAUGUGAGCGCCCUAGUAAAUCUGGAUGUUAUCUCUUUAUUUACCAUUUUAUCGAAAUCAGCAAUAUAUGCAGUCGUCUCAGUAACUAAGAUAAGAGAAAUAAAUAAAUGAUACUCUCUUAUGGACCUACAGACAUUGAGAGCAGAUUGUCAGCAAACCUCAACAGACUGUGUAACAUGCUAACAUGCCAACUACACAGGGCGGUCUGGCAAUGCUAAAGACUUAUGGAAGUUGCUGGAAAACAAUGUACAAUAUGUAGUAUGAGGGGGACUCAAGGGCUGUUGGGCAUACAGUAGUUGGUUUCAUUAUGUGUUUUUUGUGGUCAAGACUCACGUGUAUUCCAAGAUAGAGAGAGACAGAGGUAUGUUCUGCAGGUUGGCAGACACAUAGAGACAGCAACACCAGUGUAAUAUCUCUUUGUCUCUAGAAGGCCCUCAACAGCAUUAUAAUAACCCAUGAGCCUCUCCAGAUCCACACUAACGUAGGUGGUUCGGUGAACCACAAAAAACAUAUGCCUGAAACUUGAAGACUUGCGUUAGCUAAUGCUUAGGCUUUAACUCGGCAGGCUAACAUAGUCUUGUGGAGCACAGACGACCCAGGUUCAAACCCAGUCGGUCACACACACACACCUACAAUAUGUUCUGGAUGUUCAGUAUGUUCUGGAGCAGGAGUGUACCUGAGGAGCCUGUACGGCAGUGGAGGCUGGUGGGAGGAGCUAUAGGAGGACGGGAUCACUGGAUUGGUAUCAAUGGAACGGUAUCAAACAUACUUGGAACCCCAUUUCACUCCAUUCCAAAAUUCCAUUCCAACCAUUACAAUGAGCCAGUCCUCCUAUAACUCCUCCAACCAGCCUUCACUGCUGUACAGAGUAGGAGGAAUUUGCCCCCAGACACUGAUCUAACAUCAGUUUAAUAUUUUACCCCCUAAUGGUUGAGGUAAGAAUUUAGGUAUGCUAAGCUGAUCCUAGAUCUGUGGUUCGGAACAACUUCUAAAUGGAGCUCACCUGUCCAGCAGCUGUUCACAGACAGAGCGUUCAGGUGUCCCUCAGAGGGGAGGACACACACACAAACACACACACUUCCCUCCUCCUGGAAGGAAAGAUUAGAUCAGGCUGUUUAGCAUGUCUUACUGUCUUGCUGAGCAACGGGAGAAUGCUCUUUUGUACAAAGUACAAGUAUACUUAUAAUUCUUGUAUUUUAUUUUUCUAUCAUUUCCAGAGAGACGUGGUAGAUCUUGCACACUGUAAGACGCAGUUUAAAGCGGAUAUUUAUUUGCAAAUAAAGAACAGUUCUGGUG